AUGACGAUGAGCGAAUGGGAUCGCCAUGGCCUGGGCUGGGACCUCACCGAGCUCAUCCUCUCCAAGCUGCCGCUCCGGUCCAUGGUCCGCGCGUCAGCCGUGUGCAGGGCGUGGCGCGACGUGCUGCUGGCUCAUCAUCAUCAUCAUCAUCAUCGCCCCUGGCUCUUCCUCCACGGCCACAACAACGUCGUCCCCCGCCUCGGCCGCACCGCCUUCGCCUACGACCCUGCCGCACCCGACUCGUGGGUCUCAUUCUCCCUCCCGCCCGGCUGCUUCGCCGGCGCCGGCGGCUUCGCCUUCGCCUCGCCCUCCCCCUCCCGCCUCGCCUUCGCGCCGCUCCUCCGCGAGGGCGACGCCGCCUGGCGCCACGCCCCGACGCUGGCCUCCUCCCGCUGCAGCCCCGUCGUGGCCGCACUCCCGUCCUCCUCCACGGACACAUCAUCAGGCGUGUUCCUCGUCGUCGGCGGCGCGCGCUUCGUCGGCGGCCUCGUCGACAUCGAGGACGGCCGCCUGCCCACGGAGCUCUACCACCACGACGUCGACACGUCGUCGCGGUGGGAGCAGUGCGCGCCCCUCCCCGCGGAGUUCGGCAGCUCCUCCUCGCUCUGCCUCUCCUCCGCUGUGGUGGGCGCCGGCCGCUUCUUCUUCGUCUACGGCACCUACUCGUGCACCGUCUCGGCGUUCGACCUGUCCCGCCGCGCCUGGACGCCGGCGCGGGAGCUGCGCCCGGCGCCGGGGCUGGUGGCGGCGUUCCUGGCGUCGGGCCGCGGGGGGCGGCGGCUGCUGCUGGCGGGGGUGGACCAAGGAGGCGCCGGGGCGUUCGGGGUGUGGGACGUGGACCCGGAGACGCUGGCGGCGAGGAAGAUCGGGGAGAUGCCGCCGGAGCUGCGGGAGCUGAUGAUGAGCAUCAGCCAGGAGGACGUGGCGGUGCGCUGCGUCGGGGAGGACGGCCUGCUCUACGUGGUGAGCGACGAGCAGCACAGGGCGUACCCGGCGUGCGCAUGCGAGGUGGUCGGCGACGGCGGCGGCGAUCGUCUGUGGUGCAGAUGGAGCAAGCUGCCGCCGCUGCCGGUGGCGGGAAGCAGCGCGCUCAUCAGCCGCUUCCACAAGAUGGUGGCUUUCUGCUCGCCGGUGCUCCUCCGGCACCACCUCGUCAACCUCAAUUAG